AAUAAGCAUCAUCUCUUUGCGCGCAUCCCGCAAAACAACUCAAAACAAGUCCCCUUCCCCGUGGUGGUGCGAAUUUAUUUUUGCAUAAGUACCAACUUUGUGCCAUAUUUAGUCUAAAAAUAGCGAACGUCCGUCCACUGCAUUAGGAAUAAUUUCGCUUUCCUGCUUUAAAUGUGCUUCAAGAAGAUCAGAGAACGCUUCUACGUCAAUAUUCUUGCGACUUAAGGCGUGUGAGGACCCAUCGAGUUCCGACAAAGAUGCAGAUUCCGUACAUGAAGGUGGCGAUCUACUCGCUGACCUUCCUGACGUACGCGUACACCGGCUACGGAUCGAACAUGCUGGCGAGUUUGCGGGAUGCCAUCAUAGCGGCCGAGGCCGUCUUCGGGGACGUGCUGAAGAAUGUGGUCCAUGUGGCGAAAAAGUUCAAGGUUGUCCACGAGGUGUUUGACGCGGCCGUGGAGGAAAACUGCGUGUAUAAAUGUCCUGGAGGCAUAACCCCGUCGAAGAACAAGUUCUACAUUCCCCAGUCGGACGGGUGCGGUUCGCUGGGCCUGAAGAUCGACACCGAUUACCUGCCGGCCGUCGAGAUGGAGGUGUGCUGCAACGCGCACGACGUCUGCUACGACACCUGCAACAGCGACAAGGAGCUGUGCGAUCUGGACUUUAAGCGGUGUCUGUACAAGUACUGUGACGAGUACGAGAAGAACGUCGUGGGGGAACUUGUCGUAAAGGGUUGCAAAACGGCCGCAAAGAUGCUCUUCACCGGUACGCUAACCCUGGGCUGUAAAUCGUACCUAGAUUCGCAAACUCGUUCCUGCUACUGUCUGCCGGAGAAGACGGACAAGGCUUACGAGAAAACGUCGGACAAACCCGGCUACGACCGAGCUCCGCCGGGUUACGAGAAAACCGACAAACCGUACGACAAGGCGUACGAAAAGUCCAACAAGUACUACGAUAAGGGUUACAGCAAGGACAAGGGCAAGGAAAAGGACAAGCCCAACGAAAAGUACGGCUGGAAGCACGAUCUGUGAGCGGUGGCGGCGUAAGAUUUUAGUGAAAUACCAUGACAGUGCCGUGGUAAAGAAGAUUUAAUAUUUAUUAUUCUGUAACGGGUAGUUGACACACCAGUGAAAUAAAAACGUUGCUACUUUUAGAGAGUGAUUGGUUUUAACAGCUAAAAAGCCAA